AGAUUCUAACAUUUAGUUCGCACAAAAGUCACGUGAUUUUUAUUAAAAUGCGGGGCGCAUCACUUCCGGUAAAAUUGUUUACAUUAGAAACGACAUCGUCUGCUACGACAUGCCGCGGUAUUACUGUGUCGCCGAAGGCUGUUCUUCGGAUUCAAGGAAAAAGGGGAGGUAUGGGUUUAUGGCAGACGUAGAAUUCUUCCCUUUUCCCUCGUCAAAGCAUCCCAAAGUACGCAGGAAGUGGCUUGAGUUGCUAAGACGCCGUGACUUCGAGCCUUCUCGACAUGACAGGAUAUGCUCCAUGCACUUUGUUGACGGUCAACCAACACAGGACCACCCAUACCCCGAGCUUUUCCGCUACAAUAACUUUAAGUGCUCGUUGGGAAAUCGAGGUACAUCUUCCAUUGAAAAGAGGUCCCUUCAACAAGCCGCAAAUAAUAACAACAAAGUUACGUCUGAUCAGGAGAAUGAGCAUCGACCUACUCAGGCUACUGCAACGGAUAUUCUUUUAGUGGAUGAAGAUGAUGCAUAUAGAGAACAGCUCUUUCCAUUCCCUGUCAAUAAGGAAAUCACUGUGCAAUCCAUACCAGCAGUAGAACCAACAGCAACUCCCAGUGAUCAUGAUUAUUGUUCAUAUGGGAAUGAAAAGGCCCAACCCCAGACUUGUAAUGCAGAAUGCCAGACGAACUUGACACUACAGGACAUGGAAAAGUCUGAAGCUGAACUGCUGCAACUGAGGGAGACCUUUAGGGACAAGGAUGAUCUGAAGCGAUACUUGCUUGUGGACAAGAUGACAGACAGUGAUAGUUCUGUCAAGAGUUACUUCGGAUUGCCAUCGGUCGUUACUCUAUUUGGAAUCUUUGCCAUCCUUGACAAUCUUACACCAACGCUGGCUUACUGGAAAGGUGGGUCAGGAGUAUACAAUGCAACACCAGAGAAUCCCUCCAAGAAGACUGGACCAAACAGGAAGCUGACACGUUUUCACGAAUUCCUUAUAACACUGUUAAGACUUAGAUUAGCUUUACCAACUUUUGUCAUAGCAGAUAUUUUUGGGAUUUCAUGCACUAGAGUGUCACAAAUUUUUGUUACCUGGAUUAAUUAUAUGAAUGUUGUGUUUUCACCUCUUUUGAAAAGACCAUCUGCUAAAUGUAUGAAAAAGUUUUUGCCAAAAUGUUUUAAAUCAGUUUUUCCCAAAACAACUUGCAUAAUUGAUUGUACUGAAUUUUUUAUUGAACGGCCUUCCACCCCAACAGCACAGUCUAGAACAUACAGUUCUUAUAAGCAGAAAAAUACCUUUAAAGCUUUAGUUGCUGUUACUCCUUCGGGAGCUUUCAUGUUCAUUUCAAAUCUUUGGGGUGGAAAUGUGUCAGACAGGUACAUAACUGAACACUGUGGAUUUUUAGAUAUGGUAAAACCUGGUGAUGAAGUGAUGGCAGAUAGGGGCUUUUUGAUAAGAGAUUUACUGUUAGAAAGAAGGGCUACAUUGAAUAUACCACCAUUUACCAAAAAGUGUUCAUGGGGGAAAGGUAAACAUCUCACUGCACAUGAUGUUUUGAAAACAAAAAAAAUUGCAAAGCUUCGUAUCCAUGUGGAACGAGCAAUAGGUAGAUUAAAGAACUACAAAAUUUUAUCUCACACUAUUCCACUGAAAAUAAAACCUCUGUGUAACCAAAUUGUAAAAGUGUGUGCCUUUUUAAGCAACUGUCAGGAACCUUUAGUGAAAUGAAAAGUGAAAAAAUGAUUGUAUCAGUUG